CCAAUCGAGACGAUCCACAACUCCCUUCGAUCGAAAGCCGAGCUUUCCCUCCGACGACGUCUGCAACAGAUCCGGCGAGAGACACGGCGUUCUCCUGCGACUCACCCACUCCCCGAUGAAGACCGCUAAUUAAAGUGAAAUCGAUGAAAUUGAAAGUUUUAAGUUAAAAUUCCAUACAUUAAAUAGAGGCUGAACACCUAAUUUUUCUUUCCUUCCUUACCUAUUUCUUCAGCUGUUGUCCUGCGGCAUUGACGGCGACUCACCAGCGAGAACCCAAGUUGGACCUUUUCACGCCCCUGAAGUGCAUCAAUUUUAUUGAAAGUUGUAGUGAUAUUGGAAUGAGUAAAUCAGAAGGGCCUUCAUCACUCAAAAGAAAGAGGCCAGAGUUGUUGAGUAAGGGCUUUGGAGUAGCUCUCGUUGAGCAGGAGAAAGUGCUCCAUGAUCUGAUUCAUAGCAAGCAGAGCAUGGGAAUCUGCACUUUCGACAUGAAAAGAGAAACAAAGUUUUCUGAAAGUGUGGUAACUAAAUCACUCAAGUCUCUUCAAGCCAAAGGCCUGAUUAAACUAGUUCAACACUAUCAGAAUAAGGGGAAGAAAUUCUCUCUGUCAAAAGAUUUUGAACCAGCAAAAGAAUUAACUGGUGGUAAUUGGUAUCGUGACAGGACUCUCGACAGAGAAUAUAUCGAUACUCUUAAAGGGGUUUGUGCAAGAUUGAUACAAAAGAGGAAUGUGAUUACUAUUGAAGGAAUCGUGGAUUCUUUCAAAAGGAGUGGAGCAUCCAAAGUGGACUUGUCUUGGGAGCAAAUUGAGGAGAUUGUAAAUGCUUUGGUGUUGGACCAUCAAGUCAUGGAGGUGAAGAGCACUGGAUCUGGUGAAUUUGAUAUUUUUCCCAUUGGGAAGAUUUGUUACAAGUGCCAUGCUAAAGGAGGUGUCAAAGAGGAGCCCAAAACAGGGGCAAUGACUUCCAUUCCUUGGAGUCUGUCCACAAAUUACUCAUUGCAUUCCGAAUGGCAUCAUUUCGCCUAGGACUUGUGUGUACUACACUAAGUGGUUAGAUUUUUAAUUUUUAUUUACAGUGGCUAGAUUUUUGAGUUUGAGAAUAGUUUUUUUCUAAUAUAAAUAUUAUAUUGUAAAUGUCUGCUGGUUGCUCUUGCUCAAGUUUUAGUUUAGACAAUCAAUAA